CGCUCAAUCAAGACGCUUCACUGAAAAAAAAAAAAGCGUGCGAUUUCCACCCUAGUCAGUUUCUCCGGACACUGAACUAAGAUGGCCAGCCGAAUGACAUGCUUGGCUCUAGGAUUUCUUGCGUUUUUAUGGGCUGAAUUGGGAGCUCAAGACAAAACAACGGAGGAGCCCCAGUGCAGGUUGAUGGCCAAGUUUAAUUUGUCUGGAUAUGUAGACGCCAAAAACCACUCACUUGUUAUUGCAGGACUGUUUCCUAUUCACUCCAGGAUCAUCCCCCUAGAUGAAUCUAUUUUGGAACCAGUGUCACCCAUGUGUGAAGGGUUUAACUUCCGGGGAUUCCGCUGGAUGAAAACCAUGAUCCACACCAUCAAGGAGAUUAACGAGAGGAAGGACAUCUUGCCCAACCACACUCUGGGCUAUCAGAUCUUCGAUUCCUGCUACACCAUCACCAAAGCAAUGGAGUCAGCUUUAGUGUUUCUCACCGGUCAGGAAGAAUUCCAGCCCAACUUUAGAAACAGCACUGGGUCAAUUCUGGCAGGAAUGGUCGGAGCAGGGGGAUCGUCCCUGUCAGUCGCAGCUUCAAGAAUCCUGGGGUUGUAUUACAUGCCGCAGGUGGGCUAUACCUCCUCCUGCUCAAUUCUUAGUGACAAAUUCCAGUUUCCAUCUUAUCUUCGUGUAGUGCCCAGUGAUAAGGUCCAGUCCAAGGCCAUGGUGACUCUCAUCAAACACUUUGGUUGGGUCUGGGUAGGCGCUAUUGCAGCUGAUGAUGACUAUGGGAAAUAUGGAGUAAAAACAUUUAAGGAAAACAUGGAGACUGCCAACCUCUGCGUUGCUUUCUCUGAAACCAUUCCCAAAAUCUACUCCAACGAGAAAAUGCAGAAGGCUGUGACUGCCGUGAAGACAUCUACUGCCAGAGUCGUCGUGCUUUUCACCUCUGACAUUGACCUCAGCCCCUUUGUGCUGGAAAUGGUUCACCAUAACAUAACUGACAGGACCUGGAUAGCCAGCGAAGCCUGGAUUACCUCAGCCCUCAUUGCAAAGCCCGAGUACUUUCCAUAUUUUGGUGGAACGAUUGGAUUUGCAAUACCAAGAGCCGUUAUACCGGGACUGAAAGAAUUUCUUUACGAUGUGCACCCUAGCAAGGAUCCAGAUGAUGUCUUGACCAUUGAAUUCUGGCAAACCGCCUUUAACUGUACCUGGCCCAAUAGCAGUGUGCCUUAUAAUGUGGACCACAGAGUGAAUAUGACUGGCAAAGAAGACAGAUUGUAUGACAUGUCUGACCAGCUCUGCACUGGAGAGGAGAAGCUGGAAGACCUGAAAAAUACCUACCUGGAUACAUCUCAGCUCAGGACCACUAACAAUGUCAAACAAGCCGUGUAUGCAAUCGCUUAUGCCCUGGAUAACCUCAGUAGAUGUCAAGAGGGACGUGGGCCAUAUACUCCAAAUAAAACUUGUGCAUAUAUACCUACCUUUCAUUUCUGGCAGCUGAUGUACUAUAUGAAGGGAAUUAAAUUUAAAACACAUGAUGGAAAGUGGCUAGUUCUGGAUGACAAUGGAGAUGUACUACACGGACACUAUGAUAUCCUGAACUGGCAAUUAGACAACAAUGGAGACGUUUCCUUUGCGACAGUUGGGAAAUUCAACUUCAGAGAUGCUAUGUUUGAGCUUGUUAUUCCAAGGAAUUCUACAAUAUUUUGGAACACUGAGACAUCAAAGCUUCCCUACUCAGUCUGCACAGAUGUGUGUCGUCCAGGGACCCGGAAGGGGAUUCGCCAGGGGCAACCCAUAUGCUGCUUCGAUUGCAUCCCGUGCGCUGAUGGGUACGUGUCAGAGAAACCAGGUCAAAGGGAAUGUGAUGCCUGUGGGGAAGAUGACUGGUCCAACGCACAGAAGAGCAAGUGUGUGCCCAAGGAGGUGGAGUUCCUGGCUUAUGAGGAGGCCCUGGGCUUCACCCUUGUCAUCCUCUCCAUCUUUGGGGCACUCGUGGUCUUGGCGGUCACUGUGGUGUAUGUGAUCUACAGGCAUACUCCCUUGGUGAAGGCCAAUGACCGGGAGCUGAGCUUCCUCAUUCAGAUGUCUCUGGUCAUCACAGUGCUCUCAUCCAUGCUCUUCAUAGGCAAGCCGGUGAACUGGUCCUGCAUGGCCCGCCAGGUCACUCUGGCGCUAGGAUUCUGCCUAUGUCUGUCUUCCGUUCUCGGAAAGACCAUUUCACUCUUUUUUGCCUACAGGAUCUCCAAAUCCAAAACUAGACUAAUAUCCAUGCACCCCAUUAUUAGAAAACUCAUAGUGCUGGUCUGCGUUUUAGGGGAGAUUGGCAUAUGCUUGGCUUACUUGCUGUUGGAGCCUCCCAGGAUGUUCAAGAACAUUGAAACUCAAAAUGUAAAGAUCAUCUUCGAGUGCAACGAAGGCUCUAUAGAGUUUCUGUGCUCCAUAUUUGGGUUUGAUGUCCUUUUGGCCUUGCUGUGUUUUCUAACGACCUUUGUGGCUCGCCAGCUGCCAGACAACUACUAUGAAGGGAAAUGCAUCACUUUUGCGAUGCUGGUCUUCUUCAUUGUCUGGAUCUCUUUUGUUCCUGCUUACCUGAGCACCAAAGGCAAAUUCAAAGUGGCCGUGGAAAUAUUUGCCAUUUUGGCAUCCAGCUAUGGCUUGUUAGGCUGCAUAUUUCUUCCCAAGUGCUUCAUUAUUUUGCUGAGGCCAAAGAGGAACACCGAGGAGACUGUUGGUGGGAGAGUCCCCACCGUAGACAGGAGCAUCCAGCUGACCUCGGCGUCUGUGAGCAGUGAGCUUAACAACACCACAGUGUCCACUGUUCUGGAUGAGUAGAGUCGGGAGUUGCAUGUGACAUGAAGAGCUUGAUGAUGGCCUGGCUCAAGCUUCCCUUUAAGGUUGCUCCUGAAGCCUCUGCUUGCUGCUGCUCUGGGGAAAUAUUAGUUUGUGGCUGUGUUAGUGUAAGGUUAAAAUGUCAUGAAUGAAAUUUCAUUCUGUGACAUGCCCUUUAGCAUGGAUUGGAAUGCCAUUUAUUUUUGAAACUGGAAACUAUUUCAUUAGAAUUUUAAGGUAGAGCAUGUGCAUCAACGGAAUGUAUCAAAAAUGGUAGCAGCGUGGCCCAUGGAUAUUUUUCUUAUGUAGUGAGUAUCUGUUCUAGAUGUUUGCAUUAAGUAAAAACGCAUGAAUAGGACAAAGAGAGACCUUUUCUCAUCCUGUUGAUGCCUCUCUGACGUAGACUGUGCUAUUUCUUAAAUUAACGUCUGUGAUGGAUGGGGAGACAGCUUGCUUGUUAAGAGCGCUGGCAGCUCUUCCAAAUGACCUAUGUUCAGUUCCCAGCACCGACAUGGUGGCUCACAACUGUUCGCAACUGUAGUUCCAGGGAGCCCAUCCUGUCUUAUCAAGUCUCUGGCAAACAGGCUAGCAUGUAUUACACAAAUGUGCAUGCAGGCAGACCGCUACUACACAUAAAAUAAAGAAACUACCACUCUGAAAUCUUCCCGCGGAGAAGUAGCUUUAGUGAACUCUUGGAAGAUAAUUUGUGCUUUGAAGGACUCUGCAUAUCAGUCAGAUUGAGGGGACUGAAAUUGUUAAUACUGAUAAAUUUUUAUUGAUGAAGUUCAUUUUCUCCUUAAGCUAUUAAUGAGAACAGAUUAGUUUCUAUGAGGCAAGAUAUGAUCCUGCUCCAGAAUUUCCUGGAAGAGAUUAAAUUGUAACAUGUCUGAGUUUCAAGACAUUCCUCUGCUUGAGAAAUAAAUACAAAGGGAGUAUUGAGCCUGACUUUUAAGUAGAUUACAUGGUAACAACCCUUGGCAAAGGAAGCAAGUGUUCACCUAGACCAGGAGCAGAAUGCAAUUUUUUUUGAUAUUUCUAAUUUUAGAAAUA